GGCGGCGGGCGGGCGGGCGUCCGCGCCGGGGCGGCGCGCGCGUUCUCAUAGUUCCUGGCCAACAUAGAAAUGUGGGAUAUCUUGGCUGAAUCUUCAUGCAGGAAAGACCAUCAUGGUUCUGUUAUUUAGCUCAAUCUACAUGUCCAGCCCAUUUGCUGUAAAAGAAGAGCCAGCCCAAGGGAGAGAUUUAAGUAAUAUCCACUACAGGAGUGUGAGCAGCACUGCUUCUGCAACAAAGCCUUGAGUCACCACAUUGUGGGAAGAGAUGGCUGCUUCCUGGGGCACUGCCAUUCUCCUGCUGGUGAUACCCUGUGUUUGCAGCACUGUCUUCUACAGAGACCAGCAGACAUGGUUUGAGGGUGUCUUCUUGUCCUCUAUGUGCCCCAUCAAUGUCAGUGCCAGCACCUUGUAUGGAAUUAUGUUUGAUGCAGGGAGCACUGGAACUCGAAUUCAUGUGUACACAUUCGUGCAGAAAAUGCCAGGACAGCUUCCAUUUCUGGAAGGAGAAAUUUUCGAUUCUGUGAAGCCAGGACUUUCUGCUUUUGUAGAUCAACCUAAGCAGGCUGCUGAGACUGUUCAAGAGCUCUUAGAGGUGGCCAAAGACUCAAUCCCCCGAAGUCACUGGAAAAGGACCCCAGUGGUCCUGAAGGCCACAGCAGGACUACGCUUACUGCCGGAAAAGAAAGCCCAGGCUCUACUAUUUGAGGUAGAAGAGAUCUUCAAGAAGUCCCCCUUCCUGGUUCCAGAUGACAGUGUCAGCAAUUCUUUUUAUGUUUUUAAAUGUGAGUUAUGUAUCAUCAUAAUCUUAUUACCAUAUCUGCUUCCAUAUCAUACCUUUGGGGAAAUUAUUUCAAGUGAAUAA